UCAAAAUUGCGUGAGAUGUCAAAGGCUAAAGGUGCAGACAGUUAUUUUACAUUGCUGUUACUGUUAACUGUUAAUGAUUAACAGUUAAUCAAUAUUAUAAACAUGACAGAAAAAGAAGAAUUGAAGACAGAUGUGUUAUUAGAAAGUGAACAAGUGCAGUUUGUUGGUGAUCAUUGUAAUGAAACAACUGAUGCUCAAAAUACCUCUCGAAUACAUUUAAUUGCAAGUACUGAUAGAGGGAAACCUUUCUGUCAUCUGGAUGAUGUUUUAUCCAGCCUACAGCUUGGUCAGUUCCAUUGGCGAAUGUUGGUGCUUGUUGGAGGAGGUUAUUUUUCUGUUUGUUCUGAAAUGAUGUUGUUUAUUUUUCUGAGUAUACCCAUAAAGAACGAGUGGGCAUUAGGCGAUAUGGAUUUCCCUUGGUUGCCUUUUAGCACUGGUAUCACAGGUAUUAUAGGAGGAUUUGCUGCUGGAAUUAUAAGUGACAGAUAUGGCAGGCAGUUGCCCUUUCUCAUUGGUAUUGUUUUUAUUGCCUUGUUUGGGGUUGUGUCAGCCUUUGCUCCAUCUUAUCCCCUCUUCAUUUUGUUUCGAUGUAUGGUUACCAUAGGAACAGGAACUUUUGAAUCUGUUGGAUUUGUCCUUUUACUUGAAUUUUUGCCUAAACAGAAGAGAGGGUCCAUCCUUGUAGUUGUAACACUGUGUGGAGCAUUUGGCGCUGUAUUUGCUGGUGGUAUAGCCUGGUUGAUUUUACCUCGUUUUGGCUGGCGCUGGUUUGUGGGUGCUUGUGCUGCUCCUGCUGUUUUAUUACUGUUUUAUGAGCCUUUUGCUUUCUAUGAAAGCCCCAGAUUUUUAUUUAUUAGGGGGCAGAAGGAGAAAGCUGUAAAGGUGUUACAAACAAUGGCAGCCAUUAAUAAAUGUGAAAUACCUGAUCUGGAUAUGAUUAUUUAUCCUACACCAAGUAAGUCUAAAGGUAGAUUUAGGCAACUGUUUUCUAAAGAGCUCCGCAGUCGUACAGUGGUGUUCUCUUGUAUAUGGUUUCUUCAAGCAUCCGGCUAUUGGGGAGUCACCACAUACCUACCAGAAUACAUGAGCAAUUUGGGCGUGGACCCAUAUUUUAAUAUGUUUUCUGUAUUUAUUGGAGAAAUACCAGGAUUGUUUUUGGCCAUGAUACUCAUAGAAAGAUACAUGCUGGGCAGAAUUCGCACUCUUCGUUUAUUUUGUGCUUUGACUGCCUUGUCAUUAUUAGUUUUCAGCUUCAUUCCAGAACAUGCAUACAAAGCUGUUUUGAUAAUUUUAUGCUACUUUAGCAUGGUUCCAAUUUAUUCCAUAUUGAACGCAUUUACUCCAGAACUUUAUCCUACAGACAUAAGAAGCACAGCUAUGGCAUGGAUGAAUGUGGUGAUUGAAAUACCAGGGCUGAUAACUCCAUUUGUUGGAGCUACUUUAGUAUCAAGUAGCAUUCCUUGGCUGUAUCCUGUUGUGUGGGGUUCUCUGUUUGUUAUUCAAUGUGCAUUAACCUUUGCUAUAAAAAAAGAGACAGCUGGCAAAGAUCUAAAAGAUUGUUCCACUGUUAAUAAUGAAUCCCCAAUUACAAAUUAAUAUAUAAACAAGAUUUCAGUUUUUAAGACAUUAUUAAGAUUUUACAUUUUUUUACUAUUUAAAUGAGGUAGUUUAGUGAGCAGUGAUCAAAAUAAUUAUCAAGCAGUUAAGUUAUCAAAGCUAAAGGGAUGAAUGUGAUUUACUAUUUUACUAAAUAAAAAUAAUUACCAUGACGAAAAAGUUUCUAAAUUUAGCUUUUCAACUUUUAGUUAGCUGAUUCAGAAUAUUACAAAUAUAAUGCUUUUAGACCCAACUAGCCAGGUUUUGUGUGCAAGUUUGGCUUCCCUCAUAUUGACGCUAAUAACUUACGGGGUAGAAAAAUAUCCUAUAUUUGACACUCAUUUCUACAAUAAGCUAAAAUAGUAGUCUGUUGAUCAUGAUAUUAGGUUGAUAAACAAAUUGAAUACAUUUUAUAUUUGUUCUUAGUUGCCAUCUCAGCAUUAGACUUGGGUCCAUUCAGGUAUUUUUUAUUACAGAUUUUAUGUUUUAUUGUUAAGUAAUUUUAUAUAAGAUUGUUUACAGACUUUUAUUUACUGUCAUAAUAGUGUCUUUAAAUGAUUAAAUAUUGAAGAUUUUUAUUCUUACCAGAUUCUAUUUAUAAGAUAAUUCUCCACUUUUUGAAUGGGUGAUCUCAAAUCUGUUUCAAAAUUAUAAAUCCAUUCCAAAUUUUUUUUUUUUGGUGGCUAAAUAUUUUAAUGUUUUAUUAACUGUUAUUAUUCAAACAGUAUUUAAUUAUUAACAUCUUUUAACAAUGUUUUACAGUUUAGGGCAGAUUCUUUUGCAUUCUAAUACAUACAUUUACGAUAUUAUUUAUUAUACAUUUUUAUUUUUUACGCUUUAUUUUGUUCAUAUUUGUUUUAAACUAUGUUACUAAUGUAUCUGGUUAAAUAUUCUUUUUGAUUAUAAGAUCGCUGAUUUUUAUUUACUUGUAACUUCAGCUGCCAUUGUAUUUACAUAUCCUAUAUAUUUUAAACUUUAUUUUUAGUAGUUUUAUUUGGUUUCAACACUCAAAUGUAUAAAUAUUUAUUAUAAAACACUAUUCCAUUAUUAUGUUUAUGCAAGUUAAUAUUAAACUAAAAUUAGAACAAAAUGUGGACUGCUUCUUUUAAUGCUUGGUGAAGUUAUGCAUGUACUAGGAGUUUGGUUUGUUAGAAGUAAAUGGUGUGAUAUGUUUUGGUUUGUUUGU